AUGGCCCGCGCCGCGCCGCCGACGCUGGCGGCGGCUGCGUUCGCCGUGCUCGCCGCAGCGGGAGCCCUCAGCGGCGCAGCCAUCGUGCGGCCGUUGGGCGGAGGACGUGCCCUGGCCAGCCGCCCUGCGGCCGGCGGCGCCGCGGGGCGCCAGUCCAACGCGCUCGUGGGGUUCUCCAGGUUCCUGGUGGACUACGCACUGACCGAGGAGCCGACGCACGUGGCUCUCUGUUUCGACUGCAGCGGCGGAUCCGCCUUCCGGAAGAAGAUGCACGCGGGCUACAAGUCGAACCGCCCUAAGGCAGAGGCUCCUUUCUUGGACCAGUUGAAGCGUUGCAAGGAGUUUGCAGAUGCCCUCGGCAUGAAGUGCUUCGAAAGCAAAAAGUUCGAGGCGGACGAUUUAAUAGCCACCCUGAGCACAGCAGUAUUGAGCAAAGGGCACAGGUGCACCGUUGUCACAGUCGACAAGGAUCUUUGCCAGCUGGUGGAGCCUCGGCUCUCGGUGUACGACCCCGCGGGGGGGAGCCGCUACGACGAGGCAGGAGUGGUGAAGAAGUUCGGCGUGCUCCCCUGCCAGGUGGUGGACAUGCUUGGCCUCGUGGGAGACAGCGCCGACUGCAUCCCAGGAGUCAGGGGUAUCGGCCCCAGGACGGCAGCGCAGCUGCUCCAGCAGUUCAAGGACCUCGAUGCUGUGUACGCGGGCCUGGACAAGGUGGCCACGCUGGGGCUGCGGGGGGCAGCGGGCGUCCAGAAGGCGCUGGCCGCGGGCCAAGACAUCGCCUUCCUGAGUCGCACGUUAGCGACUCUGGAGCACAACGUGCCCGUGCAGAAGGCGAGCAUCCGUGGCAUGUUGCGCCGGAGGCCGUCCAGCGACAUCCACACGUUGCUGGACGAGUUUGGCCUCCAGUCCUUGGGACGCCAAGUCAGCCGCCUACAGAGACGCAUGGACGGACUGCCAUGA